UAGAGAGACUUUCUUAAGCAAGAGAGAUUGAUUAUAUAUAAAGUACCAACCAUUAUCAUGUUCUUGAGUGUCAUUUUUUUGUGAGAGCGAGCAACAAAAAAAAAAAAAAGAGAGAGCAAAAAUGAGCAUAAAUAGGAAUUUGUUGAAUAUCAUAAUAAUCCUUUGUGUAUGCCUCAAUUUGGGUUGUAACGAGGGAGCUCAAGAAAGGGAGAAGAAAGAGACUUACUCUCAUACCAUCCAAGUCAGCUCUCUCUUCCCUUCAUCAUCAUCUUGUGUUCUUUCUCCCAGAGCGGCUAAGACAAAGUCCUCACUGCAUGUGACGCACAGACACGGCACGUGCUCGCCUCUAAACAACGGCGGCAAAGCCACUAGACCAGACCAUGUCGAGAUCCUCAAACUCGACCAGUCGCGCGUAAACUCAAUCCACUCAAAACUAUCAAAGAAACUCACAACAAACCACGUCAGUCAAAGCCAGUCAACGGAUCUACCAGCUAAAGACGGAAGCACACUCGGCUCAGGAAACUACAUCGUGACCGUCGGAGUCGGGACACCUAAACACGACCUCUCACUAAUCUUCGACACCGGAAGCGAUCUAACGUGGACUCAGUGCGAGCCAUGUGUUCGAACUUGCUACGACCAAAAGGAACCAAUCUUUAACCCUUCUAAGUCUACUUCUUACUACAACGUCUCCUGCUCAUCGGCUGCGUGUGGUUCUCUCUCUUCCGCAACAGGAAACGCCGGAAGCUGUUCGGCUUCGAAUUGCAUCUACGGUAUACAAUACGGCGAUCAAUCGUUCUCCGUCGGGUUUCUCGCCAAGGAGAAAUUUACACUAACGAACUCCGACGUAUUCGACGGCGUUUAUUUCGGUUGCGGCGAGAACAACCAAGGACUUUUCACCGGUGUUGCCGGACUUCUUGGUCUUGGCCGUGAUAAGCUCUCAUUCCCUUCCCAGACGGCAACCGCUUACAAUAAGAUCUUCUCUUACUGUCUCCCUUCCUCCGCUAGCUACACCGGUCAUCUCACCUUCGGAACCGCCGGCAUCUCCAGAUCCGUCAAGUUCACUCCGAUCUCCACCAUCACGGAUGGAAGCUCCUUCUACGGUCUCGAUAUCGUCGGAAUCACAGUCGGCGGUCAGAAACUGGCGAUUCCUUCAACCGUAUUCUCUACUCCGGGAGCUUUGAUCGAUUCGGGAACCGUUAUCACACGUCUCCCGCCUAAAGCCUACGCGGCGUUACGAAGCGAGUUCAAGGCGAAGAUGUCGAAGUAUCCGACCACGUCGGGGGUAUCGAUCCUGGACACGUGUUUCGAUCUCAGCGGAUUUAAGACGGUGACGAUCCCGAAGGUGGCGUUCUCCUUCAGCGGUGGCGCAGUCGUGGAGCUUGGCUCGAAAGGGAUUUUUUACGCGUUUAAGAUGUCGCAGGUUUGUUUGGCGUUUGCGGGGAAUAGCGAUGACAGUAACGCCGCCAUCUUUGGAAACGUUCAGCAGCAAACGCUAGAAGUUGUGUACGAUGGUGCGGGUGGGCGGGUUGGGUUUGCUCCAAACGGGUGUAGUUAAAAAAAAAAAAAAAUUAUAUAUAAAAAAAUGGGUAAAUGUUUAAAUUUAUGGAUUUGACACAAUAGCUUUAUCCCAUUAAUCAAGUGUUUAAUUGUAAUUUCAAUUUGGGUAAAGACUAAAGAGCGUGAUGGUGUCUGAAGUAUUUGCACAGUAAUAAGUUUGUGUGGAUAAUACAACAAUUACCAGAACAAACUGUUUAUCUGUACAUUUUUAUUCCAAUAUAUAAUACAGAG